GUCAUCGCAACGAAGGUUUUGGGAACAGUAAAAUGGUUCAAUGUAAGGAACGGAUAUGGUUUCAUCAACAGGAAUGACACCAAGGAAGAUGUAUUUGUACACCAGACUGCCAUAAAGAAGAAUAACCCCAGGAAGUACCUUCGCAGUGUAGGAGAUGGAGAGACUGUGGAGUUUGAUGUUGUUGAAGGAGAAAAGGGUGUGGAGGCAGCAAAUGUUACAGGCCCUGGUGGAGUUCCAGUGCAAGGCAGUAAAUACGCAGCAGACCGUAACCAUUAUAGGCGCUAUCCACGUCGCAGGGGUCCUCCACGCAAUUACCAGCAGAAUUACCAGAAUAGUGAGAGUGGGGAAAAGAAUGAGGGAUCGGAGAGCGCUCCCGACGGCCAGGCCCAACAGCGCCGGCCCUGCCGCAGGCGGAGGUUCCCACCUUACUACAUGCGGAGACCCUAUGGGCGUCGACCACAGGGCCCUCCUCGCCAAAGACAGCCCAGAGAGGACGGCGAUGAAGAAGAUAAGGAGAAUCAAGGAGGUGAGACCCAAGGUCAGCAACCGCCUCAACGUCGGCACCGCCGCAACUUCAAUUACCGACGCAGACGCCCAGAAAACCCUAAACCACAAGAUGGCAAAGAGACAAAAGCAGCCGAUCCACCAGCUGAGAAUUCGUCCGCUCCCGAGGCUGAGCAGGGCGGGGCUGACGCCUCCUCCUCAGCUCACUGCGACCCCGCACAGCCCGCGGGGCGGGAGCCCCAGCCUGCAGCCACACCCCCAGCCCAACCCCCACCGCCGCCUCCACCG